CCGCUUCCCCUUCGAGCUGUGUUCACUUUGUUCAUAAUUGCGGAGUCUCUUGUCAAGGAUCUGUCACGAGUCUUCACCUUCACAGUUGGUCUCGCGUUGGGUUACCACUUCGUUGUGGUGGGAAGCAAGGGUUUGGGGUUUAAACGACCGGAAAACUCCGUGAGCCGAGAAGGAGAGCGAGAGAGAGAGAGGGGAGGGAUUGUGCCCGUCUGGCAAGUUUUUAGUGAUGACGCAGCAAGGGAAUGAGGGUUACUAUGGGACAUUUCAAAACCAGCAUGGCAUGCCGCAGCCUGUGCCGCCCAGUCAAGCUCCUUACUACAACCAGGGUGGUUACAAUCCGUCUGUCCCAGGAUAUCCGGUAGAUUCAUCAGUGGAAAAUAAUCCUCACCGACGAACUUACGACUCGGAUGAGUUGCCUUUCUGUGGUCUCGGAUUUGGAUGGUUUCUGUUUAUUCUGGGGUUUUUCAUAGUCUCAGUACCUUGGUAUGUUGGAGCCUUUAUUUUCUUCUGUCUUAGCUAUGACUACAGAGAGAAGACGGGACUGACGGCUUGCGUCGUAGCGGCAUUGGUGUUCAUGAUUUUUGGGGGAUCACAGAUGGCAAAUCACAGCUUUUUCUAAGUUAGGUUUUCAAGGCCUUGUGUAAUUGGAUAUAUAAUGGUACUGUACUUAUUGUCGGCAAACAGUUAUAGAUUUAUUUCACAUAAUAUCAUCGAUGCGCUGCAGAGCAUGCUAGCUUUCAGUCGUAGACUGUGUAUUCUUAGCUACUUGAAUAAUGAAAAAUGUUGUUACUGCAUUGUCUUCUGGGCUA